UCAAUAUUCAUAGAAAUUUUUGGAAGCUGGUCCUUCGACUUGAGCUGUGGAAAGACUUCCAAAAGGACAUUAUCUAGUACGAUAAUUAUUCCUGGAGGAUUUCUAAGUAUGUUAAAGGUGGUUUUAAAACGGCUCAGAUUGCUCCAUUACACUGGUCAACAGCAAAUUUGAAUAGGAAAUUCAAAUUUAUAUUGAUAUGGACAUGCAAUGUUUCAGUUACAAUACAAAACUCCGGCCAAACGACUGGUCAGAUAUUCCACAAGUGGCGGAAAAAGAAAGCCAAAUAGUCGUCAUCGGAAGUGAUCUGCUUAAGCGUCAUGUUUACCUCGCACCCGCUUGUGUGGUCGGAGGAGCUUGGAGUAGGUGGGCGCUACCGAGAUGAACUCACAAAGUCGCCACUGUGCUGACAGUUGGGCCUACCCUUUAGAAGCCUCCACCUUGGCACCUCCGAUCCUCUCCUGCACUUCUUGUGAUCACGACAGAUCGAGGACUUAGUCGUCAUGGUCCGCAGCAGCACCUGCAGAGUUCUGGUACUCCUGGGCAUCUUGGCGGUCUUCGGGCACUCAGAGACUGUCGCCGACCCGCCUCGGGACUACCAAGACAUCGUGUCCGGAGAGCUCCCCGCAGAUGUAUCACCCGUCGGCACCACCACGAGGGAGCCCCUUCAUCACAUGACCGAGCCGGCCUUCACCUUCGACUACGAGGACGCAACGCAAGGCCUCGGCCUGGACGAAAGCGAAGGCGUCCUGGGACCAGGUGCCAUCACUGCCAUUGUCAUCGCAGUCUUCCUCGGAGCGUCUGUCCUUCUGGCGCUCAUUGUCAUCACGCUCAGAAAAUUCACAGCCUCUUAGAAUGUGUUUGGAUGUGUGUGUGUUGUGUGCGCGUGUCCGUGUGUGUUCUGUACAAUAUGUGUGUUAAUAGAUUU